UAAAAGCAGCACCAGCAAACAGAGAGAACUGGGCCAAGAAGAGUAAUGUGCCGCUCGAUAGAAACAGGGUUUGAACUCGCGACAUUCUAACUCGGUUACUCAUACACGCAGACCGAGAACGUCCAGUGUACGUGUUGUACCGGUUCUUGUGGGGCACGUGAGCACCGUUUUGUUUACCUACACCAUUACACCUUCCGGUACGCGGUUUUUUCUUCUUCUUUGAUUUCUUUUUGGGACACCAUUUCGAAAAAUUGCAUCAUCACAUAAUGGAUACCAGCGAGGAUCAUUAGAGGUCCGUGAACGGCAGCGGAUCAAGAUACCGUGCGCCAAUCAAAAAGGCUCAUGCUGAAGCUGAGAUUGGUGUCGACGCACUUCUUAAAGCAACCAUAAGAACUUGAAAUGUGCCGAGACCGGGAUAUGAACCCCCGUGCCAUUUGAAUUUAACACGAAGAUAACCCCAUUUUGUUAUUUUUCACCCUCAACCAAAAAAAAAAUACAAAUUAAAAAAAGUAAUAAUAUUUGUUCGUGGGGAAGAGCCCGAAACGCGCGCGUGCCAAGUUUUAAACGUGAAAAACCCCGAACCCUGCCGAGUGUUUAUCCCGAUAGUUUUUUAGACCGUCUCUUUUUGACCCAAAACACCUCCAACUCUCUAUAUCUUAACAAAAUUUUUAUUUUACAUUGUUCCGGUAUUUUUUGUUUUAACGUUCGUCGUGUGUUGAAUCGGUUGAGUGCGACAUUUUCGUGUGUGUGGCGACGGACAUCGCUCAUUCAUCGAUCCGGAUCGACAUUUUCGAUCAUCCCAGAGGCUGGCGAGAAUUUGCAACCUGCUCAGGCAGUGCACUUGUGGUCGUAUGGUGGACCAAGACGCAAUGAAAGGUCCAACACCAAUAGAAGAAUCUCGCGUUCAAACCGAAAAAGACCCAAUCGUUAAAGAAAGUAAAUUUGCGCGAGUUAAACGUCUGUUAUCUGGUCAACAACAACAACAACAAAAUCGUCAAAACCAACAAGCAACGACUUACGACGAAGCAAAAGCAAGCUGCAAAGCAAGGAAACGCAAAGAACGACAAGAAAGCGUCAGUUCGAUUGUACAAGAACGUAAAGUGAUCCGAUCAAAUUCCGAAGAACGACCAAUUAAUAAAGAUGAAAAAGAUAUAAGAAGGGUUUCAAGUCACGAAGAUUUUCAAAAAACACCGCCGAAAUCGGUUGAAAAUGACGUUGGUUUAAAAGUGGUUGUUGAAGAUCAAACAAAAAAAGUUUCUCCAUGUCGAGACGUCAGCAUUGAUGUUUUUAUUUACCACGAUGAGAGCGAAUUUGAAAGAAGAAGGUCGCACGAGAGGUUUUCAAAACCCAUGAUGGGACAAAGGCCUAAGUAUUCUAUGCACGGACGCAAACCAAGGGUAAAACAUUUCCAUAAGAAAGAUAAAUUAGAUGCCCAACAUGUUGUAAGAAGAGUUAGUCCAAAACGAACUCAAGAAAAUGAUUUGAAAAAGAUUGACAUAAAAAGUAACGAUUUGAAAUGUAACGAUUUAAAAAAAAAUAAUAUUAACGAUGAAGAAAUUUCAUGUAAUUUCCUUCAACUUCGUAAUAGCGAAGAAAAAGAACGAUCACCAAGUCCCGUAAACACUCCGAUUUCGCCUCCUUUAGAUUUAAGUACAUUACAUGAGCAAAUAGACUGUUCAGAACCAAUACCUUCCAGUUCCAAUCGAUUAAUAUGCGAAAAUACGGAGACUAUGCCGAGUUUAUCGGUAGCAUCGAAUCGUUUAUUAUUAUCUCCAAGAAAUUCCGUUAUCAUUACUCAACGUAUUUAUUUAAGUUCUGAAGUGCCGCAAAAUAACACGACGAGAGGUACCGAAGAAAGAAACCCAAAAGAGGAAAAACUGAAACAAAUCGCCAAACAAAUCAACAGCAUCAAGAAAAAGUUAAAAAAAUACGAUGAAGAAUUUGAAACGAAAUUCGGAUAUAGACCAUCGCAUGCCGAUAAACUUAAUGAUAAAACAAUGAAGAAAUUGUGCGCCGAAUUAAGCAAAUUGAAAAAAGAACAAAAACAAUUAAAAGAGAACGAUGAAUAUUUUAUGGACGGCGAUGAAAAUGAAAAAGGAACUAAAAUUAAAAAAGAAGCGAGUUUGCAAGAUACUUUGAUGGAGAUUGAAAAUAGAUUAAAUGCUAAAAGAGUUGUUGGUGAACGUAGCGAAACUAUAGAACAAAUGAGUAAUGAACAACUCGUCGAAGAGAAAAUCGCAGUACAAAAGGCUCUUUUACAUCUUGAAUCGAUGCAUGGUCGACCAACAAACAAAGAAGAUAGAGAUUUAGUUCGGCCAAUUUAUGAUCGAUACCGUCAACUAAAACGGAUGGUUCGAUUAACAACGCCCUGCAACAAUAUAAACGAAUUGGCAACAAUUCUUGAACACGAAACGAUGGAUUUCGUUUCAGCACCGACACAAACCCCCGAUACAGAAGCUGAUAAACAGAACACAACUGGAACGAGUACCGAUAGUGAUACAGACACUUCCGUUGGGGAAAAUUUACAUUCCCUAAGUUAUGAAGAAUUAACAAACGAACAUCGACUGGCAACGGAAGAAAAGAAAAAUUUACGGCGAUCGUUAAAACAAUUCGAAGAAGAUUUCCAAACAAGGACUGGAAAAAAACUACAAAAAGAAGAUAAAACUCCGAUGGAGCACAUUUACAGUCAGUACAAGAAAACGAAGGCCAAGUUGAGAUUGUUAGAUGCACUUUUAGGAAAGCAAGCGUUGUAAUUUAAAAAUCAAUGAUGAAUAAGAAUCAUCAACAAUUCAAUCUAUCAAUCAAUGAAUGAAAAUGAAUGGCGGAAAGGAAAGUUAUAUUAGACUUUCAUUGUUUAGGUUAUUUUGGAAGAAUCUGAAUGUUGAUUAUGAGGAUAAGGUCUUUUUUAUCAUUUAUGAUCUAAGUGGUUUUUUUUUUGUCUUAAUUUUUAAUUAAUUCUACUGGAGGUUUAAGAUUUUUUUAAGAAAAUAAAUGUGUAUAUACAUGUAUUUGAUCUUCCUUAUUAUAAAAUACAGAAUACGAAUAAACGUGUGUAGCUACAAAAUAGAAAAACUUAUUACUUA